UCUUUUUAGCACGUUUUAAGCAAAUUUGUAAAUACAAAAACCCUAACUGUUUUAACUCUAUAUUUUUUACAUUAGUUAAGUUCUUUAAAAUAGGUAACCAAAAUUGUCGGUUCCAUUGUUUCAAUAAUAAGUAUACACAUCAAAAUAUUGGUUACUAUCUAAAACAAUGCUUUAGCUUUUCUCACAAAACAUACAUAUACAAUAAAUUAGCUAUUCUUUGGCAAAUUUUGUUUUUAAAUUUUUUAGUUGAUAGAACUCAAUGCCUGCUCAUUUAUUAAUUUUAAUUUAGUUUUGCUCAGUGUGCUCCCAUUUUAACAGUAUGCACGAGUUUAUAAGACACAGUAAAAAAAAGUUAAAUAAGCUACUAUAUUUCGACAAUCUCUAAGGUCUGUCUUAGUAUUAGUAACUUAGUAUCUCUUGAUCAUAUAUGUAUUAAAAUUCCAAUUUAUUUAAAUAACGUGUUGUCGACAAAAUUUGUUUUGGUGUUCUCAGAAUAGGAAAAAUUUAUCCAUGGGAACGCGGACUUUUCUGUACUUGUGUAAAUUAUUUCGAAAGAUAAGAUAUAGUAUUUACUGUGCAUCUCGGGUUUACUAUUUUAAUCUUAAUGUAAAGCAGCCGUGAAGGCAGUCAAGGUUUCCCCGCAGAACGUAUCUCUACGUAUCAGAAGAAAGUAUGCUCUCGUUAGCUCUUCUUGUUUUGUGUUCUUUAGCGGGCAUUCAGAAUGCAAAUUCCGAACCGUCUUACCAGGUUUUUCUUUAUAAAAGGAGCACUCCCGGUGGUCUUUUAGAUCGAAAAUGCUUUGGAAAUAUUAUUCAAAGCCACGUGAUAUUGACAGCAGCAUCGUGUUUAUUGAGUGGUAAUAGAUCGUCAUCCUCCAGGGAUCUACUUAAUCCUGCAGACGUAGCUGUAUCUGUGAAAGGCAAAGAUUUCGAAGAUUUAAUAUACUUCGUCAGUGAAAUUACGGUCUAUCCGCAAUUCAAUAAGUCUACAUUGGAUCACGACAUUGCACUGCUGGUUUUAAACGCGCAACUUCCGCUGGCCGAUCGCGAGGAUUUGGAGUGGAUCCUUUUGGCCGACUUUGAUGUAACUCGAGAGUUUGCAGUGGAAAAUGGAGUGUCGCCCUUUGAUGCUGAUAUAGAGGUAUAUCCUGGAUACGGAAUAACUCAAGAAAGCAACUUAAUUGGAAUUGUGACACCCGAUACUAGAAAUGGACUUCAAAACAGGAUUUUAUCAAUCUCUCCCUACCUAAACUGGAUAUACGGAAUUUUGCAAGAAGCCGAACUUUCUGACAUGCAAAGUGAAAGUUACAGUAUAUCCCUUCCCUACCGACAGAAAAAAAGCACUGACCAAAUGAAUGAAAAUAUUGAAACGGAAGCUGGAUAUUAUCAUAACUCAUCAGACAAAAUUAAAAACAAUAUAUCUUUUUGGACACUGAUUUUUAUCUUCAAUUUAAAAUAUUUCUUUGUCAAAUAUUUAUUUACUUAAUUUUUUUAGAGCACACAAAUUUUAUGAAAGUAAUGCUAUUAAAAUUUAAAAACGACUCACGUUUUUAAAAAAUAUUCAUUUUAUUCUUUAUUCUGCUAUCGAUAUUUAAAACACAUUGUAAUAAAUUCAAAUUAUAUACUAAAAUAAAAAAUUUUUCUUGAAUAUCUA